AUGGCAGUGGCUGUAGUUGUAGCGGUUGCGGUAGCUGCAGCGACAGCAGCGGCAGCUGUAGCGGCAGCAGCAGCAGCGGUAGAAGUGGUAGUAGUUGUAGCGGCAGUUGCAACGGCUGCGGUAGCAGCAGCGGCGACAGCUGUAGCGGCAGCUGCAGCAACUGGACCGGCAGAGGCAGCAGCAGCAGCAGUGCGGCUCUCGUAG